AAUAAUCCACUAAUUACCUCCCUUUGAUUUCUACAUAAAUCUAAACCAAUCCGUAUUGAAGAACGAUAAUAACACAUGGCGAAGUAAAGUGUAAACAAACGAAGAAUGCCGAAAAAUAAGAAUUCGAGUAAGUCUGCUACAGACAUGCCUUCCGAGUUAAAAGACAAAUUCAGUGAAUUGGACUCGUUGUUGACGGACAUAGAGACAAAUUUCCAACCUUUACUUCAGACUUCUUUGAUCGAAAUGACUGAAAAAUUGAAUGCUUUGGAAAGAGCCAAAAUGGAUCUUGUAGCGGUCUAUUCCUUGAACUCUUUAUUUUGGAUGUAUUUGAAUAUCAGUGGAAUCAAUCCUAAGGACCACCCCAUUAAACAAGAAAUGGACCGAAUCAAAGAAUAUAUGGCAAGGGUCAAAGAGAUUCAAGACAAAGCCCUUGCGCCCAAAUUGGACAAACCUGCUGCCAAGAGAUUUGUUAAAAGUGCUCUAUGGCAGGCAGCAGUUAAAGGGACUCAGAAAAAUGAUAAGCCAAAAUAGCAUUGAGUGGAAAAGCAGGAAAAGAGACAACAUCCAUUUGGAAUUACUGAAAGUGAAGCUUUUUUAUACUUUACGAAUAUACAAAGUGCAAUGUGAUGGACAAUAACCUCAGCAUUGUCACAGUUUAGUAGUGGCAUUGUGGAUGACAGGAAAUGGGAAGAUCUACACCCACAGUGUGGGUUAUUAUCAAAUUUUGAACUCCAGUUGUUUGUGUAAAAAAUGUAAAGAAAUAAAUUUGUCAACCGAUAAGAAAAAAAAUCCUUAAUUUUACUAAUGAACUUUUCAAAUCAUACAUAUACAAUAACCUAUUGAUGUUACAUCGUAUUUAUAGCAUCUUAUCACCUUGCAGUCAAUAAUUUAUCUGGCUAUUCACUGUGCCAUUCCAUUCUGAAAGUAAAAUAUAAACUUGAAAGUGUGAUGUAUGUAGUAAGUCAUUUGCUAUUCAACAAGAAUUUAAAAAAAUGCCUGUAGACUCUAUUAAAAUGAAAUGAAUGCUGUAUGACUUUUUUGCACCACGUGUGCUGAUGUUUUCACGAUCUAAAAAUUGAACACGUUUUCAAGAACAAGGGCAAUAACUCAUACUCAAUAUUAUUCAGUAUCGCCCUGAAGAGUUCAUAGGAAGUGUAUGACGGAAGGUUGAAUAUUUCAUACUGGUAAUUGUUACUGUACUAAAUAUUUUUAUUCAAAAUCAAAGCUGCCAGUGGUUGUAUAUUACUUUGCCUGGCAAGCUAUCUUAGUAUGCUUUGGACAAGAUUUUGAUUAACAGAAUUGUCUUGCUUGUACUGAUUUUUAUAUAGACUCAUUUUUGCCAAUGUUGAGAACUUGAAUUUUUUGUUCAUUAUAGAAAGUAGGAUUCCUGUAAUGAAACUUGAGAUAUUUGUGAUGUAUUUAAUGUAGAGAGCAGGUUAUAAUCUAUUUUCAAUUACAUGUAAUAUAAUUGUGAUCACAAGUACAUGUACAUUUUAUAAAAAAAAAUUAAUUAGUUU